AUGUGUAGUAAGUUUCAAUCUGGCCAAGUUGAAGGUAGAGGAGUAUAUACUUUUCGUGUGAACGGAGAGUUAUGCCAUCACAUUGGAAAUUUACAACCCGAUUUAGACGAAGGUGCUAGAUUUACACAAAUUUAUUUCUUGGAUGAUGGUUUACAAACAAAUCGUCAUAUGGAGAUUUUUGAUGAUCUUCAUCGUGAUGUUGUUAACAACAUUCAAGCAGUUUUAGAAUCCAUAAAUGUGUUGGUUCAUGGUUUUAAGUCUUCGCAUGAUGUUCUUCAAAGGGGACAAAACAUGGGACUUCAUAUCUCCGGUGAGGUUCCUUUUGGUGAACAUCCCCAUCGAUAUAAUCGCCAAGUAGUUCCAGAAGUUGCUGCUGUUGUUCUUGACGAACAAUACAUGAAUUUUGGUAGAGAUAUUAUUCUUCACCAACGUGGUGGAGAUUUAAUACGAAUAAAAGAAAUUCAUCCAGCUUACGAUGCUUUAUCCUAUCCUUUGUUGUUUCCUGAUGGGCGAUGUGGGUGGUCACUAACUUUUAAAGCAGAUAUUGGAGUGACUGUAAAGUCAUAUGUCCAAUAUUUGCUUCAAAAGCGCUCAGAAUCUAAUGUAUUACAUAAGGCUGGUAGAUUAUUCCUGCAAUAUGUAGUGGAUCAGUAUUUACGUGUUGAACAUGAAAAUUUGCUUUUUAUUAGGCAACAUCAAAUUGAACUUCAUGCAGAGUGCUAUCAGGGGGUCGUAGAUGCUUUGCAGGAAGACAAUGGAGCACGCAUUGGGCGUCGCAUUGUCUUACCUGCAACAUUCAUUGAUUCCCCCCGAUACAUGCAAAAACUCUUUCAUGAUAGUAUGGUUUUGAUUAGAGUUUUAGGAAAACCCGAUUUGUUUGUGACAAUGACAUGUAAUCCGACCUGGCCUGAGAUUCUUGAUGAUCUUGAGCCAGGUCAAAGUCCUCCUGAUCGUCCAGAUAUUGUUGUGCAUGUUUUCGAGCUCAAGUUAAGAGCAUUGAUGGAUGAGAUUACGAAGAAGAAUGUCAUGGGAGAGACAAUUGCUUUUUGUUACACUAUUGAGUUUCAAAAACGUGGUCUUUCUCAUGCACACAUUCUUCUUUGGUUGAAAGACAAGGUCAAUGACUGUGACCUUGUAGAUAGGAUAGUAUGUGCAAAGAUUCCCGAUUUAGAUAGACAACCGCAAUUGUAUGCCACAGUUGCCAAGCACAUGAUGCAUGGACCAUGUGGUUUGGACAAUCCCAAUUAUCCAUGCAUGAAAGACGAUAGAUGUACAAAGAACUAUCCGAUGCAAGCUCGAGAUACUACCGAGGUGGAUGGUGACGGACAUGUUUUGUACCGUCGUCGAAAUCAAGGUCGAUAUAUUGAGAAACGUGUACGUGGACAAAUUGUCCGUUUAGACAAUCGAUGGGUUGUGCCAUACAAUCCAUAUUUGAUAGGUCAGUUUAAUUGUCACAUUAAUGUGGAAAUUUGCAGUUCUGUAAAAACUAUCAAAUACCUCCACAAGUAUAUUUUUAAAGGUCCAGAUCGUGGUGUUGUAGAAACAGAUGAAGUGGUAGAUGAGAUUAAGGAUUUCUUGGAGGGUCGUUAUGUGGCCGCCCAAGAAGCAUGUUGGAGGCUCUUUGGUUUUGAAACUAAUAAUAAGAGCCAUAGUAUUUGUCGUUUGCCUGUUCACCUUCCCGGUCAGCAAUAUGUUACUUUUAAGGAAGGAACAUCUUUGCACUCGGUGAUUGAUCAAAAUGCUGAGACUAAACUCACCAAGUUUUUUGAUCUUAAUUGCCAUAUUCGUGCCUUAAUUGCUUCUGGCAAUCAAGGCAACCAUAUGCUUCUUUGUUACAUGGAUCUUCCACUCUAUUACAAGUGGAAUGUGAAGAAUAACAUGUGGGAAAGAAGAGUACGUAAGAUAAAAGUUUUUGGUCGGAUAAACAUGGUUCCCAUAGGUACCGAAGUAUUUUACUUGCGUUUGUUGUUGACUCAUGUCGAGGCACCAACUUCAUUUGAGGACCUACUUUGUUUUCAUGAUAUAGUGCAUCCAACGUACAAGGCCGCUUGUAUUGCAAGAAGACUUUUACAAGAUGAUUCUGAAUGGGAAAAUUGUCUGCAAGAGGCAAUUGUCAUUGCGUUGCCUAAACAAGUUCGGCGGUUGUUUGCAACACUUCUUGUAUUUGGACAACUGCUAGAUCCUCUUAGCUUACUAAAGACACAUCUUGAUGAUAUGUCUGAUGAUUGGCGCAAUGAUCAAAAUCGCUAUUGCAAAGCAAUUUUGUCCAUUGAAGAAUAUUUGUCAUUAUCAGACAAACAUCUUACAGAUUUUUUUAAUAUCGAAGAAUUGAAUGAGUUUGGUUAUUCAAACAUUGUUGAUGUUGGCAGUGAUUCCAAUGACAAUAUUGAUUUUGAUAACCAAAACAUUACUUUUCUAGAGGAGGAUGUAAGUAGGCUCAACAAAGAAUAA